GCUGACCUACUCAACGUGCCACUGGCAGGUGCUAUAAAUGCCGCAGAGCUCAAGCUCCGUCAGCCAGUCCCAGCCAGUCUCAAGUGCUAUGUGCGCCACAAUUUCGCUCGUCGCGUGCAUCCUGAUCGCAUUCUAUCUAUGGAUGAGGCACCGCUACUCCUACUUGAAACGUCGCGGCAUUGCGCAUGAGGCACCCGUGCCGCUGUUUGGAAACAUUUGGGGCUGGCGCAUCACCCAGCACACCUCGCAGAUGCUACAAAAACUUUAUGUCAAGUACAAGGACUCUGGCCCGUUCUUCGGCAUGUACUUCUUCAUGAAGCCCGUGUAUGUCGUCACGGAUAUGGAACUACUGAAGCAGGUCUUCAUCAAGGACUUCAGCAACUUCGACAGUCGAGGUCUGUUCUACAACGAGCAGGAUGAUCCCCUGUCGGCCCACCUCUUCGCCAUUGACGGUCCCAGGUGGCACAAUCUGCGUCCCCGCUUGACGCCCAUCUUCAGUGGCGCGAAGAUGAAGCUCAUGUUUCCAUCAGUGCUGCGAAUUGCUCGACAACUGUCCAGUGUGGUGCAGGAGCGUUGUGCCGGGCACGCUACGCCCUUGGAGGUCACCAAGCUGCUAGCCUGCUAUACGAUGGACACCAUUGGCACCGCCAUCUUCGGGCUGGAGUGCAAUAGUCUGCGCGAUCCAAAGGCUCCCUUUGUGCAGAUGGGCCUGAACGCGAUGCUGAAGAAGCGCAUCGACUACCUAUUCUGCUUGUUCUUUCCCGAGCUCAGCCUCAAGUUGCACAUCAAGCGUACGCCAGCCGACGUGGAGGCCUUCUACAUGAAGCUGGUCAAAGACACCAUCAGCCACAGAGCGGAGCAGAAUAUCAAGCGCAACGAUCUCGUUGAUAUCAUGGUGGAGAUGAAACAGAAAUACGAUCGAGGCGACACAGCUGAGGGUCUAACGCUCAAUGAGAUCGCCGCCCAGAUGUACGUCUUUAUAGUGGCGGGCUUUGAGACUACGGCCACAGCCUUUGUCCUCGCCCUGUACGAGUUGGCGCGGCAUGAGGACAUCCAGUGCCAGCUGAGGGAGGAGAUUGAGGAAGUCAUCGCCAACUACGGGGAGAACGGAGAACUUACCUACGAAGCUAUGCAUAAAAUGAAGUAUCUGGAGCAGGUGAUGUCGGAAACGCUUCGCAUGUAUCCCGUUGCCUCGGAGCACUUGCGUCGCGUCAAUGCCCACUUUGAGGUACCCAACCAUCCCAGGCACUAUAUACCAGCUGGUUCGCAGUUGAUCAUACCCGUCUAUUCCAUACAUCAUGAUCCGGCAUAUUAUCCGGAGCCGGAGAAGUUUCAGCCCGAACGUUUCUCAGACGAGGCCAUACAGCAGAGACCCACCUGUGCCUAUCUGCCCUUUGGCCAGGGGCCACGCAUCUGCAUUGGCAUGCGUUUCGGGCGCAUGAAGCUGGCGGUGGGUCUGAUUACCUUGAUCCGUAACUUUCGCUUCAGCCUGGCGCCCGACACCCCGCAGCCCAUGCAGUUCAAGAAUCAUUCAUUUCUGCUGCACCCAAAAGAGUUCCAGCUGCAGCUAGAGCCACUGGGCUAGAGGGCGGCAUA